AUGCUAUAAACUUAAGCGAGAUUCUAUACUUAAGAAGCUGCUAAGACCUAACCCUCAUAGCCUUCAACCUAAGCUUAGUCACCUAAAACAAAGAAAAGUAGAGCUCCUUCUCAAAACCAAGAAGUACCUAAAGCUGCUGAGAGCAAUCAGCCAAAGACUGUAUAACUUUUUGAAAGGAGAAGAAAUCCAUUCCAUAAGCUAGGUUAUAAUGAGAAUCAUAUUCCCCAUUAGGGUAACUAUGAACAAGUUAAGAAAUAGAAAUUAGAUCAAUGGGUAAAUCCACCAUACAACUGGCCGCCAGUCAUGCCAAGACCUACUAUGCACAAAGGGAAAACCCUAAUGUUGGAAUUAGAGAAGGAAUAUAUGGAAUCGAUAAAGAAGAGUAGACCAUUCAAGGUGCCAGCUUUUAGAACUGGAGAUGUUAUUGAUGUAACUAUGUUUAAGUCCCUAUCUGAAGGUAAGUUCCAUAAGUACAGAGGAAUAGUUUACAGCUAGAAGAACCCACACUCACUAGACAAAUCAUUUAGAGUUUUCUUGAAUGAAGAUGAGACUAACAUGGGUCUUUAAGUCAAAGAAUUUUCUCCUCUUGUUGCUAAAGUCGAGGUAUUCAAAUUCGGUUCAAAUCAAAACAGAAAGAAGCUAAAUCACAUUCCCAAACUAGACUUGUCAAAGUCAAAGACUAUGGAACCAAUAAUUAAAGGUAGAGAUUAUAAAUCAAGAGAUAGAAGAGGAGACCAAAGUAAAGGUGACUCAGCAGAUAAAGAGAAAGGAAAAAUCAAGAGAAAUACCACAAAACUAGAGCAAUCUUACGAAUGA